CUAGAGGUGUUUCCAUACCCAGAGAUCAGUAAAGAUGAGUUGGAAGAAAUAAACCAGCUUGUAGGCCCAGUGGAGAAGUUCUUCAGUGAAGAAGUUGAUUCUAAAGCAAUUGAUCAGAAUGCUAAAAUUCCACCUGAGACGAUGAAAGGGCUGAAGGACCUUGGCCUGUUUGGCAUGCAGAUUCCCGAAGAAUAUGGAGGACUUGGGUUAUCUAACACUAUGUAUGCCCGACUGGGAGAGAUCACCUCGCUGGACGGUGCAAUCGCUGUGACUCUGGCUGCUCACCAAGCCAUUGGACUGAAGGGAAUAUUGAUUGCUGGUAAUGAAGAGCAGAAAGCAAAGUACCUGCCUAAGCUAGCAUCCGGAGACCAUAUUGCAGCCUUUUGCCUUACAGAGCCUGGAAGUGGGAGUGACGCUGCUUCAAUCAAAUCUAGAGCAACCUUGAGUGCUGAUGGAAAACACUAUAUUCUGAACGGUUCAAAGAUAUGGAUAUCCAAUGGAGGUCUGGCAGAUAUAUUCACAGUGUUUGCAAGGACAGAUGUUGUUGAUAAAGAUGGUGUUACAAAGGACAAGAUAACUGCCUUCAUAGUGGAGCGGGCUUUUGGUGGCGUUAUUCAUGGGAAACCAGAGGAUAAGCUGGGAAUCCGAGGAUCAAACACCUGUGAACUUCACUUUGAAAACACCAAGAUCCCCGUAGAGAACGUCAUUGGUGAGGUUGGCGGAGGUUUUAAGGUUGCCAUGAACAUUCUAAACAGUGGGAGAUUCAGCAUGGGUAGUGCCUCUGCUGGCAUGAUAAAGAAAUUAAUUGAGAUGACAGCGGAAUAUGCCUGCACAAGGAAACAGUUCAAUAAGAAGUUGAGUGACUUUGAAUUAAUUCAGGAUAAAUUUGCUCUCAUGGCUAAGAAAGUCUAUGUCAUGGAAAGCAUGGCUUACCUUACUGCUGGCAUGAUGGACAGGCCAGGGUUUCCAGAUUGCUCUAUGGAAGCUGCUAUGGUUAAGGUGUUCAGCUCUGAAGGUGCUUGGCAAUGUGUCAAUGAAGCCUUGCAGAUUCUUGGAGGUCUGGGUUAUAUGAAGGAUUAUCCAUAUGAGCGUUAUCUUCGAGACAGUCGUAUUCUUCUCAUCUUUGAGGGGACAAAUGAAAUUCUGCGGCUGUACAUUGCUCUUACAGGGGUGCAACAUGCAGGAAAAAUAUUGACCAGUAAAAUAAAGGAAAUUAAGAAAGGUGGUCUUGGCGUUGCUACAGGGAUAUUGAGCAAAAUGUUCCGGGACAGCUUCAAAAGAAAUAUAGAUUUAGGAUUAAGAGGAAAAGAUACAGCUGUGCAUCCAAGUCUUGAGGACAGUACCGUGAGGUUGGAGGCGAAUGUAUAUUUCUUUGGCAAAAUGGUGGAAACUUUGUUGUACAGGUUUGGCAAGUCAAUUGUGGAUGAGCAGCUUGUAUUGAAGAAAAUAGCAGAUAUUCUUAUUAAUUUAUAUGCCAUGACAGCUGUGAUAUCUAGAUCAAGCCGCUCCAUCAGCAUUGGCCUGUGCAAUCACGAUCAUGAAGUGCUGCUUGCAAACAUGUUUUGCAUAGAAGCAUAUUUCAAGAACAUCUACGCGAUGGCUGAACUGGAAAGAACCAGUGAUCAAAAUCAGGAUGACAACAUUCGCAAGAUAGCAAAGUAUGUCCUGGAAAACCGCGCUUACACAUGUUCACACCCUUUGGACAGAACAUUCUAA